AUGACUUCCAGCCUCCUCCCUAUCCAACCCCACUCCCCCUACUUCCGCUGGUCCAUCUCAUCCUGGUCACCAUGCCAACCGCUGUCCGCAACAACAACCAGCACAAACUCCUUUAACUCAUUUUUCAUGGGAACCAACGACAACAACAACAACGACGACAACAACAUCGUUGGUCGGCAGUCACGUGAUGUGGCCUGCAGACUCACUUGCCCCAGCAGAGAUGGGCGCUCUCCCAGGAACGAUCGUCUGCAUUUAAAAUGGCUGCCAAGCAGCUACAUCACUGUGACGUCACUGAAAGAAAGGAACAAUAACAACAGUGAUGAUGGUGAUGAUGAAAAAUGUCGAUCACGUGAUUUGAAGCCGCCUCCAAUCAACGAGCGGGCCUGCGUUCUCGACGAUUCCACCGUUUGUGUGGUUGGAAAUUUUGGACCCUGGGAGUGCCUCGAUGAUGGUGGUGGUGGUGAUGAGGAUGAUGAUGGUGAUGAGGAUGGUGGUGAUGAUUACAGGAAAGAUGGUGAUGUUGACGAUGACCACAAAACUGGUAAUGAAAAUGUUGGAGCAAGGAAGAACGAUGAUGUUAAUUCAUCUCAACCUAAGCGCUCAAACAGCGCUAACGACGAAGAAGAAGGUUUGGAGAUGAAUGCUUGCUUACCAUCACAAAUUAACAAUUUUGCACCUGCUAAAAAUUCAGAUGUUCAGUUAACAGUUUAG